AUUGAAACUGGUGGCUUUGCAUGACACUACCAAGGGAAGGGAUAUUUUCAACGCUGUUCAAAGUGUUGUCAGUGAGUAUGGAGGCUUCGACAAGCUGUCAGCUGUUGUUACCGAUGGUGCGCCGUCAAUGCAAGGAAAACACACUGGAUUCGCCGGGCUCCUCCAACAGAGUGGCGUUGACUGUUCAAUACUGCACUGCAUCAUACAUCAGGAGGCCCUCUGUGCCAAGUCAAUGAACUUCAGCCAUGUCAUGGAUUUAGUUACCAAGGUUACCAAUCUCAUUCGAGGAGGGAACAGGUCUCUCAAUCAUAAGAAGUUUAGAGCCUUUUUGGAUGAAGUGAGCGCUGCGUAUGGGGAUUUACAGAUGCACACAGAGAUAAGGUGGAUGAGCCGUGGGAAAUGCUUGGAGAAGUUUUUUGCACUGCUCGCUGAAAUCCCAGUGUUCUUGGAGGACAGCAUCCGAUGCGAUACAAGUGCAAACUGCAGUAAACUCAGGGAUACAGAGUUUCUCUUCGACAUGGCUUUCCUUGCGGACAUUACCUCGCAUCUUAAUCAACUGAAUAUGCAGUUGCAGGGAAGAAGCCAGACUGUGUCGGAUCUAUAUGCACACGUGAACACAUUUCAGAGUAAACUAACCCUGUUUAAAGAAGACUUUUCAUCUGACCGUCCAAAUUUGGCACACUUCCGCUCAUGUGAACAGAUGCGCAAAGAUGCCCCCGAAUGCCAGAAAACACUUCUCAAGUACAGAGCCGAGAUAGAAAAACUGCAGCAGCAGUUUAAGAACCGCUUUCAAGAUUUCUACGCCAUGAAGCCACGCAUCGUGUUAUUCACUGACCCGCUCUCUGCUGCUGUCAGCGCGCAGCCCCCUGAGCUGCAGCUUGAACUGUGCGAACUACAGUCUGACCCCUUCUUCCAAGCAAAGCGCCAUGAGAGGGGAAUCUCCUUCUGGAGACUACUACCCGAGUCACGCUUUCCACUCCUCAGGGAUUUUGCACUCUCAAUGGCCAGCAUAUUUGGGAGCACUUACAUCUGUGAGACCAACUUCUCAACAAUGAAGCACAUCAAAUCUAAAGAGAGAAACAGACAGACAGAUGAGACACUGUUCCAGCUCAUGCAGAUUGGAUGUACUAACAUUGACAUUGACAUUCAGUCUAUUGUGCGCCAGCAGGAGAGGCCACAAGUAUCUCAUUAAGACAGAACUUCAUAGCAUACUGACCAAGCUGUGGGUGAGGAUCAGUGGAUUUGGAGAAAAAUGCAUGCUUAUUUGAAAUAUGUCAUGGAAUGAGGGCAGAGUAGAAAUGCAUUAAAAAUAUAUAUGAAUAUACUGUAAGUUGUUGCACUUACUGUUGAUGUCAACUUUUGUUACGUUAUUGAAAGAUGAUGUUUGAGACCCCAUUGCACUGAAAUCAUUUAUGACUCAGGAAUGUGGCUGUUCAUUUUCUUUGUGUUAAGCUCAUUAAAUGAGUAGAAGCAUCACUAAAUGC